AUGGCAUUAUCAGCUUCAAGAGUACGCCAAUUUCAGAGAGUGUUGCCUCAAUUGAGGCAAUACAGCUCGUCAUCGACGCCUGUCAAGAGGCUGGGCGUUGUGGGCGCCGGACAGAUGGGCCUCGGAAUAGCUCUGGUCGCUGCACAAAGAGCCCAGGUGCCCGUCACUUUGGUCGAUACUUCUCAAGCAUCUCUCGAUAAGGGCCUCAAGUUCGCAGACAAGCUCCUUGCCAAAGAUGUCUCCAAGGAACGCAUCACCCAGGAGCAGGCUUACCAGGCCCGCUCAAACCUCUCCCCUUCCACGUCCAUCGACCCUCUGUCCGAGGUUGAUUUCGUGAUCGAGGCCGUGCCGGAGAUCCCCAGCCUCAAGUUUGACAUAUUCUCAAAACUGGCCCAGGUGUGCCCAUCCCACGCCAUCCUGGCCACCAAUACAUCCUCCAUCUCCAUCACACGCAUCGCUGCCGCCACGACCAAAGACCCCAAGGAUCUUUCGGCCAGCUCGCGCGUGGUCUCGACACAUUUCAUGAACCCCGUGCCGGUGCAGAAGGGCGUCGAGAUCAUCAGCGGCCUGCAGACCAGCCAGGAGACGAUCGACAGCGCCAUUGCCUUCUGCAAGGCAAUGGGAAAGAUCCCGUCCGUUUCGGCCGAUUCGCCUGGCUUCCUGGCCAACCGUAUCCUAAUGCCCUACAUCAACGAGGCCGUCAUCUGCCUGGAGACAGGUGUUGGUGAUCGGGACUCGAUAGAUGCCAUCAUGAAGAACGGGACCAAUGUGCCCAUGGGCCCGUUGCAGUUGGCUGAUUUCAUCGGGCUGGACACAUGUUUGGCCAUCAUGAAGGUAUUGCAUGGGGAGACGGGUGACAGCAAGUACCGACCAAGUGUGUUGUUGGGCAAGAUGGUGGAUGCCGGCUGGUUGGGCAAGAAGAGCGGGAAGGGCUUCUACGACUACUGA